AUGAAGCUCAGCCAAGCAGUCCAGCCCUCCAAUGACUUCCAUCACGCAUCACACAUAGUCGCAGAGCAAGACCAAGACAGACACGACUCAACCGAGCCGUUCCCCGAAUACUUCUCAUCGUGCGAACAAGAAGACUCGCACGUCGACGACGCCCAGGAGGAAGCCUACCGGUACGCCCUGUCGAAAGUCGUCGAGGCAGUCAAGGCAGGCGCGCGGUCGAUCAAGCUGGACCCAACCUACAUGACAGCGAGGCUUCUCACGACCGAAUGGGAGCUGCCCAGCAGCGACACCGGCCCGGAGACAGCCCCCGCGAGCCCACGAGACGAGACUACCGAACCGCAGCUAGACAACUACCCAAGCCUGGCACUCUGCGCAGGCCUCAAAGUCUCCGAAGAGAACAAGAAGAACAUCCUCGAGGAGAUGCGCAUCCUGACCAACUCCGCCAGCCUAAGCCUGCCCCUUCGCCGGCGCUUCAUCACAAUGUGCAACGAGAUUCUACGCAUCCACAUCCUCCUCUUCCGCCGCGCCACAAUCCCAGGCCACCCCAUCGACACAAUAACAACACGCCAAUUCCACCGCGCCCAACAACUAUCCAGCAAGCUCGUCGCGCACCUUUCGGCGCUGGACCAGCUCCUGCAAACCCAGCACGAACAAUGCCACAGCGCCCAGCAAAGAAUCAUGCACAUCUCAACGGACCAAGCGCAAACGCCCAUCGCGCGCUUCAAAACCAUCGCAACCAUCCUGAUCAACACGCUCCCCCCACCCCGCCAAACCGAACAACGCCUCCUGCUAAUCCUGCUGGACCUCUACGACGCCUACCUAUACACAGACUACCACCACCUCCGGCAGUGGCCGCAGAUGCUCACAGAAGGCGAAAACCCGGCGCGUUUGAGCCUGACGAACACGUUCUUCCGCGCGUGGAACCUACUCACCGGCGCCAUCGAGCGCUACCAGGCCAUCGCGGCCGCCCACGCCGACCUCACGCACUGCUUCAUCCGUCCGGGGUAUUCGCGGCUUGCACCCGAGGCGCCAAGGAUCUGGUUUGAUUUGCACUUGAGGCGGUAUGUGGCGUUGCAUCGGGAGCGGUUGCGGGUUAAUCAGCUGGAGUUUUUGGGGAGGGAGUGGGGGGUUGUAAGGCGGGAGGGUGGGGGGAUGGUUUCUUCGGUGGCUGAAGAGGGUGAAGGUGAGGGAGAGAUGGAGGUGGAGGUGGAGGAUGGUGGGUGUUGUUUGCAGGAUAAUCUUCGCUGGGGGGCGUGGAAUCCCGGUUUUGUGGGGGUUUAUGAGGGCGUCGGAUUUGGGGUUCGGGGUAUGAAUUCUCGGGAUACCGAUUGAGGUUGGUUGGUCGGAAGGAUGUUAUAUGAAGGACAGGGUUCAAGGGUCUGAACUCAUUGUGGUUGUCGUUUGAGAUUGCUGGUGGUUACGCUUGAUGACUUAUGAUUCAUGAUUGAGGAUCUUUAGUGAAGCAAUGCAGG